AUUGUACCAGUCAGUGUGUUGCUUACCUGUCAUCCCCUGGGUCAGAGAUGGCUGCCUCCAUGCCCCUGUUCCUCUCCGGCAUCAUGAUCUUCAGCAUCUCCUUGUACUUGCUCCACAAGAGGCUGCAGGCUGAGAUAGGGACCACUCAUCAACACCAACUCAGGAACCUCACCAUUCUGCUGUGGCACUGGCCCUUCAGCCGCCCCUACAGCCUGGAGGGAGACGUUUUCAGCGACGAGUACAGUAUCCCAGGCUGCCUCCUCAGUGACAACACCUCCCUGUACCCUCAGGCAGACGUGGUGGUCUUCCACCACCAUGAGCUGAGGACGGGUCGCUCCGCCCUGCCUCUCCAUCUCCCACGGCCGGCCUCCCAGCGCUGGCUCUGGCUCUCCCUGGAGCCCCCGGUGAACAACGGCAACCUGACCCAAUACAAAGGACUGUUCAACUGGACCAUGAGCUACCGAGCAGACGCUGAUGUACCAAUGCCCUAUGGGAAGACGGUCGAAGUUCCACCAAACAGCAACAGCAGCAGCUAUGUGAUCCCUAAGAAAGGGGCUUGCCUGGCCAGCUGGGUGGUCAGCAACUACAGCCCUGACCAUGCCAGGAGUCAAGUCUACCAGAGCCUAAGGAAGUACAUUCCUAUAGAGGUGUAUGGCCACUGGCUAAAGAGGCCACUGACCGACCAAAGUCUGAUACCCACCAUUGGCCGCUGUAACUUCUACCUGGCCUUUGAGAAUUCGGUGGCCAUAGACUACAUCACUGAGAAGCUGUGGAGGAAUGCCUACCAAGCAGGGGCAGUACCCGUGGUUCUGGGGCCCUCUCGGUCUAACUAUGAGGCCUUGGUGCCCUCAGGCUCGUUCAUCCAUGUCAGUGACUUCAGCAGCACAGAGCGGCUGGCUGCCUUCCUACAGCAGCUGGCCACAGACAGAGGGCGUUAUGAGGCUUACUUCAAGUGGCGUCAGACCCAUGAAAUCAAGACAUACACAGACUGGAGAGAGAGGCUCUGUAAUAUCUGUAUCAUCUAUCACAGACUGCCAGCUAAAAAGGUGUACUAUGAUCUGGAUGGAUGGGCCAAUAGAUAACAGGCAAAAACUGCUUUUACUGCAAGUUAUUUGGUAACAGUGCAAUUGUUAAGUAAAAAAUAGGUAAGUUAAGAAAUGUAAAAAA